AUGUCUUCCAAUGGGUUCCGGCCACUGGACGAGAAGUUACUGCUGGAGUACGUCAAGGCAACUCCAAUAUUGGCUGAAAAGCUGGGCAAUCAGUUUGAUAAGCUGGAAAUUAAAGAAAUAGGAGAUGGAAAUCUUAAUUUUGUGUAUACUGUUAUUAGCCCCUCUGGUUCCUUCGUUAUCAAACAGGCUGUUCCUUAUAUUCGUUGUAUAGGGGAGUCAUCGCCAAUGGCAAAAGAACGUUCCUAUUUUGAAACAACAACGCUAAAGGAGCAUGGUCGCUUGUGUCCUGACCUUGUUCCUGAGGUUUACCAUUUCGACAGUUCGAUGUGUUUAAUCAGCAUGCGGUACAUUGAGCCUCCUCAUAUAAUCCUAAGAAAGGGGUUGAUUGCUGGGAUUGAGUAUCCAUUUGUUGCGGAGCACAUGUCAGACUAUAUGGCUAAAACUCUAUUCUACACGUCCCUUCUGUAUCUUACAACAACAGAGCAUAAAAGUGCAGUUGCUAAAUAUUGUGGAAAUGUGGAGUUAUGCAGACUCACUGAGCAGUUUGUCUUUUCUGACCCUUACAAAGUGUCUGAGCAUAAUCGUUGGACAUCUCCUUAUCUUGAUUCUGAUGCUGAAGCAGUUCGGGGGGAUAACAUUUUAAAGUUCGAAAUUGCUAAGCUAAAAUCAAAAUUCUGUGAAAAAGCCCAAGCUCUUAUACAUGGUGAUCUCCAUACAAGUUCUAUCAUGGUUACUGGAGAUUCAACUCAAGUUAUAGAUCCAGAAUUCGGUUUUUAUGGGCCAAUGGGAUAUGAUAUUGGAGCUUUUGUUGGGAAUUUGAUUUUAGCUUACUUUGCACAAGAUGGACACGCUCUCUGUGGGAAUGAUCGAAAGCCGUAUAAAGUAUGGAUUUUGAAGACUAUAACAGAGACUUGGAACCUCUUCUAUAAAAAGUUUACUGCUCUUUGGGAUGAACACAAGGAUGGUCCUGGAGAGGCAUAUCUUCCUGCAAUUUAUAAUAAUCCAGACGUGCAGUUGCUUGUAAAAAACAAAUACAUGAAAGAACUUUUCCACGACACUCUUGGAUUUGGGGCUGCCAAAAUGAUAAGGAGAAUUGUUGGAUUAGCUCAUGUCGAAGAUUUUGAAUCGAUCAAAGAGGCUAAGAAACGAGCCGAUUGUGAACGAAAAGCUCUGAACUUUGCCAAGAAUCUUCUCAAGGAUAGAAGAAACUUCCAAAGCAUUAGUGAAGUGGUUUCUGCAAUGGAGCAACUCGAUUCACAAUAA